AUGAGGCCAAAGGAGACGGAGGAGAACAGGCAGGAUUGCGGUGCCGCAGCCUCGCGGGUGCCUGCACGCCGAAUGCGGGUGGUGAAAGGGCCUGGCGUUGCGGUGCGAGCCCCACCGGGGACAAAGUAUCUUGUCUACGGCCUUAUGGUCCUCUCGGGUAAUUCCCCUCAUAAAAAUGUGUCUACCACUGAAAAGCGUGCCGUUUACAUGUGUGACACGGAUGUUGAAGAGGAGACAGCCGACAGGACCUCAAUAACCCCAGUUUCUACUGCGACUGGUGCUAGUAACGGUAUGACUAGUCUACGUGAGUAUAAUCGCAUGAUGAAUAUGUUGGUGUCACUGCCGUUGGGCGAUUCGCCAGAGGAGCGAUCAACGGUGCGGGGAUACACGUGGGGAGGAAACGUACCAAACCAUGUACGCCCACAUUUAUGGCGUUUACUGUGCGGUUACAUACCAUGUGGCCCGCCCUCCUUCUCCCGACAACAGGCAGAACUGCGCCGCAAGCGUGAGGAGUAUGAUAACUUUGUUUCUAAAUACUACAAAAUUACGAUCACUGACUUUAUGCAACCGAAUACGUUGCAAGAUUUGGGCACACGCUCUGGAAGGCGGGGCGUUGGAACAAACUCAAAAUUAGUUGGUGCCUCUGUGGGAACGAUGGCCAUGACAACGCCGAUGGGUACCUCUACAGAGCUGAUGG